AGCGCUCAGUAAAGUCAUUAGCUGCCAGCGACCAAAGCGAAUGUAAUUCCGCUCGUACUGGAAUCCUAAACGUAUUGCAGGGGGUCAACUCCUAAGAAGCGGAUGAAGAAACAGGUUUUGCUUAUUUUCACAUUCAGAGGACUUGUAAGAAAAGGGAAAAAGAGUAAAAAAAGAAAAUGUCAAAUUUCAUAUUACGGAAAGCCGAGCCCAAGGACGUGUCAGACAUAUUGCGACUCAUAAAGGAACUUGCGAAAUUUGAAAAAAUGGAAGAGCAGGUCAUCUUGACGGAGAAAGAACUACUAGAGGACGGCUUUGGGGAUCAUCCCUUCUACCAUUGCGUCGUUGCAGAAGUUCCUGAGGAUAAGCAGAGCUCAGACGGAUACACUGUCGUUGGGUUUGCCAUGUACUACUUCACCUAUGACCCCUGGAUUGGGAAGCUUCUCUACUUAGAGGACUUCUAUGUGAUGAAAGAGUUCAGGGGUUAUGGUAUUGGGUCAGAUAUCCUGAAGGUUCUGAGUGAGACGGCAGUUAAGACUCGCUGCAGUAGCAUGCACUUCAUCGUAGCAGAGUGGAACAAGUCGUCCAUAGAGUUCUACAAGCGGCGUGGAGCCUCAGACCUGUCCGAUGAGGAGGGCUGGCGACUCUAUGCGAUUGAUAAGGAUGACCUGCUGAAGAUUUCUGCAAAGAAACGAUAAAUUCAGCAAAUGACCAUUAUCGGAAAUGCCUUCCCUUUCAUUUGUUGAUGUCAAUGUUCUUUAAAAUAAAUAUGUAUUUCAAUAAAUAAAUACAAAAACA